CUUGCGUGCCUGCAUAAGUGUGUGCGCAGGGUGGCCAAAAUGAUCUGGGAUCUUGAUCCCUCCCAGAGAGAAAGAGAGAGAGAGAGAGAGAGAGAGAGAGAGAGAGAGAGAGAGCAGGCACAUGCAGAGAGGAGCCGGGAUGAGAGACAGAACAGAAGAGAGUUGUCAAGCUGCGAGGAGGCAGCGGUGAGAUUACUUAGUUUUUCCUUGGAAUACAUUUUCCUGUUCAUCUCCAAAGCCCACACACACACACACACACACACACACACACACACACAAUCACAAAAUAUAAACACACAAAUACACAGAUGGUAAAGUGUGAGUGCUGUUGUUAUGAACAGUGAAGCAUUUUCAGGAUCUGGACUUACUCAAGACUGUUUGGAUUCAGCAUCUUUGUGACUUGGACUUGUGUUUUUCACAGUACAACACUUUGGACUAAGAGUGUGUAUCCCUCUGUGUGUGUGUGUGUUUAAUGCAACACUGAGAUUUUGACUGCCACUGGGUUGGUUACUGUAAUUGCCUGAAUCUGUAGGUUUGGACUCACACUUGGACUCAGUGUGCGUGUUGUGUGUGAGGAGGAGUAUGUGUUCGCUUGUGACAGCGGUCCUGCUGGCCCACCUUGGGGCUACCUUAACGGGGGCAUGGAGAGCAUCUCAACCAAGACUGCAGUUCACACACUCCGAGCUGAUCCAGAAUGGCCGCCUGCUGACACUGCCCCUGGUGGCUGGAGACCUGCACUCCCUGCAGCCUGACGAAGACAGGAGGCGUCUGUAUGUGGCCAUGAAAGAUAAUCUGCUGUCUACCAGUCUGGACGACAUAACUCAGAACCCACGCAAGCUGUACUGGCCAGCUAGUCCAGACCGUGUCCAAGAAUGUCUCAUGGCUGGGAAGGAUCCAGAGUUGGAGUGUGCUAACUUCUUGCGAGUUCUGCAGCCUUUUAAUCAGACUCACCUGUACGUUUGUGGCACUGGAGCCUUCAACCCCCGAUGUGCUUUCAUAGCUACCAGUGUCUUCCAACAGUCAGAGCACCAGACUCUCUCCUACAGCCAGACAGAGUGUGGGAAAGGGAAAUGUCCCUACGAUCCGUUCCAGAAAACAGCCUCCGCUGUCGUUGAUGGAGAGCUGUAUGCUGGGAUCACCUCAGACUUCAUGAGUCGGGACUCAGCCUUCUUCCGUAGUCUCGGCAGCCGUCAUGUGAUCCGCACUGAGCAGUAUGACUCCACCUGGCUGCAGGAUGCCCAGUUUGUGCAGGUAGCGCCACUGUCUGAAACUGAUAACUCAGAGGAUGAUAAGGUCUACGUGUUCUUCACUGAGCGCGCUCAGGAGGCAGAAGGGGCUGCUGGGAAGGUGCUCUACUCCAGAGUGGCUCGUGUGUGCAAGAAUGACAUCGGAGGCCAGAGGAGUUUAGUCAAUAAGUGGAGUACCUUCCAGAAGGCUCGUAUGGUGUGUUCAGUCCCAGGAGCAGACGGCCUACAGACACACUUCGACCAGCUGCAAGACAUCUUUAUCCUCCAGGCGAAAGACAAAAAGAACCCUCUCAUCUAUGGCCUGUUUACCACUUCUAGUGAUAUCCUGAAUGGUUCAGCAGUGUGCGUUUACAGAAUGGAGGAUGUGGUUCGGGCUUUCAAGGGAAACUUCCUUCAUAAGGAGGGGCCUCAGUAUAAGUGGGCGCAGUUUACAGGCAAGGUGCCCUACCCGCGACCAGGAACUUGUCCCAGCAGCACAUAUGGAAGUUACAGCUCGACCAGAGAAUAUCCUGACGACGUCAUCUUUUUCAGCAGGACUCACCCGCUGCUGCAGGAAAAUGUGCUGCCGCUGGGAGAGCGCCCCCUCCUGGUCAGAGUGGGUGUUCACUACAAAUUCAGCAAGCUGUUGGUGGAUAGAGUGGAGGCCGUGGACGGCACCUACGACGUCCUGUUUAUCGGCACAGACUCAGGCCUGGUGCUGAAGGCCAUCCAUCUGCCCAGAGAACACGGUCAGAGUCAGGAGGUCACUCUGGAGCAGCUGCAGGUCUUUCAGCACAAAUCCCCUGUGACAGCCAUGACACUCUCAAAGAAAAAGCAGUGGUUGUUUGUGGGCUCCAGGGAGGGUGUGUCCCAGCUGGCCCUGUACCAGUGUGAGCUGUAUGGCCAGGCCUGUGCUGAGUGCUGCCUGGCCAGGGACCCAUACUGUACCUGGGACGGACAUGCCUGCAGCCCCUACAUGCCCACCGUACGCAGAAGGAACGCUCGUCACUUAGGGGAGGAUGAGGAUCCUCUAACUCAGUGUGUCAGACAAGGAGCCGGGCUGCAAGUGGAGGCGGAGCAGAGGAUGAUGAUGGUUGCCGAGGGCAACAGCACCUACCUGGAGUGUCUGCCACGAUCCAGACUCGCUGCUGUUACCUGGUACAAACAGGCUGGAGAGAACAGUCCGGAACUGAACCUGGUGGUAACAGGUGACCAGCUGGUAGUGAUUGAGCGGGGCGUCCUGAUCCGUCAAGCGGAGCUGUCUCACGGCGGCGUCUACCACUGCCAGGUGGAAGAGCAUGGCUACCACUGGACCGCCGUCACUGUCCGCCUCGCCGUCUGGAGCCCCUCGGCCAAUCGCCUCCUCACUUCCUGGUCUGCCUCGUCUUAUCAGAGCGCAGGGACCCAGCCAUGGUACGAGGACGUGAUGCCGUUGAUUCACCCUGGAAACCUCAGCCAGCAUUGCCGGAGGCUAGGAUACCGCCCCUCACGCAACCACCGUCGCCACAGUGACAUCAUGGUGAAGCCAAACAAGGAGAAAGAGAGGGGAGAGAGGCACAAGCACGGUGGUGGAAGAGUAGGAGGAGGAGGGGGAGGGGGAGGGGGAGGGGGAGGGGGAGGAAGAGGAAGAGCAGCGGGGAGGAAGAGCAGGAGCAAGCCUCAGCAAAGGGCACCGAGGAGCGCUUGAAUGUGUCGCAGAGCAGGAGGGCGGAUUUUCAGUGACUUUUACACACACACACACACACACACACACACACACACACACACACACACACACACACACACACACACACCACACACUUAUGGGAACGUCCACACUAAGACACACGUGUACACACACUUAACUUAUACACUGAGACACACACAUACUGUAUGUACAGAGACUUUGAUUUGCGCAUGCACUUAUCUACAUACAAAAAAGACAUCCUUUCAUUAUAGUGACAAACUUUCAAACUAAGUUACACACACAAACUGAAGUAUGUACAGGAGGACAAAAGACUUGUGAAUAAAAAGGAAAAAGUAGAACCUUAGGCUGCGUAGCAUGUUGAAUGAAGGAUGAGCCGCACAUCCAGAUCACUCCGUUGAACUGAGUCUGUGUUGGGACAAGGACAUGGCAAAGCAUGUUUUGGAUUUGGAGCCUCUACUGAGAAGCAAAAAUUCCAAAAGUAGAUAUCCUGCAUUUGAAAAAUCAUCCAACCCCUCUGAAGUGCUGCCUUAAAGGACCAUACUGGUGGCUUGAUUAUAAAUCACAUACGCACUGCCAAUUAUUCUCCAAAGCAGAACAGAUGUGUUUAGAUUGAUUUUGUACCUUCCAGGCAGACACUGGUUUCCAUUAAAUUCAGUAUGCUUUGAAAUGCAUCUCACAGAAACAUACAAAAUGCUUGAGAUUUUGAAUAUGUUUCUCAAAGUUAUGGUAUUGCAGUUGCAAGCAACAUUUCCUAAACAAAUGUUUAAAUGUUCUCUGUGAUGUGUGUGUUUUUGGGGGAAAAUAAUUAGCAGUGAGAAUUAUUUAAAGAGCUUUGAGAAGGUAAUUAUUUACUGUAGGUUGUGAAUAGCAGUAAAUAACACUGUAUUAUAGUAGCAAUGCAUUCUGCAUCUUUUCCCCCCAAUUAGAUAUAUACCAACAGUUCACUUUCAGGGAGAGUUCUGCUGGUUUCUUCAGAUAGGUGGAGUCUUACUGCAAAAUGACUGACCGUGACCGCAAAGAUGAAAGGAAGAGAAAAGCAGGGCGACAGCUUUGAUGAGGUUACAGAUCAGCUUACUCAGGACGGAGAAGCUGUAGACACACACACAUUGAAGGAGAUGUUGUCAUUAUGUUCUCCUUAGAUUCACAAGUGUUAGCUGGUAAGGUUUACAGACAUAUCUGGCCGUGUCAUGCAACAGAGAGCUUAGUGUAGGUGCUGGAAAAAGUAAACAGGCACCAUGGAUCUGAUGUGUUUUAUAAUGUCCGAAACAAAUGCUCUAUCCUAUUCUGAUAGUCUUGAGUCCCUAAUGAGUAUAGUGUACAGAUAUAAGAAUUAUGAUUAUUGCUAUGUAGAACAAAUGUAACAUCUCAACAUCAGCUCCAGUUUGAUCUACAAAAUGUAAUUUUGCUCUGUAAUUUCUGAGAAAAAAAAUAUUUAGCUGCUAUUAGGCGAGGCACAAUCAAGCCUUUCCAUUUACUUGUUUCAAAAAAGAACUUUUUCAAACAGACAUUAAAUGACUUUUAGUGUCAAAUCCAGGAUCAUUACUACUAGACAUUUUGGGCCAAACGCAGAGAUAUUUGAAAUGAUCAAAAUCAUAUUUCCAAUGCCUAUCAACUGAAAUGUAAGAGUCUCUCUAUUCAUUGGAUAAAAAAUGGGGUUUUACUGUCACUGGUUACUGAUCAUUAAUUCAGCAUAUUGAACCAUGUAGAAUAUCAAGAUGUUUUUUAUUUCAUUUUUUUUCUUCAAAUUAGUCGUGUUUGAUACAAAAUGGACACGGAAACAGGUUUCCUAGAGGACCAAAGGAUGAACUGAGUUGGCAAGAGACUCUGUACAGAACAUGCAUGUGUUUUAACCCACGGCUCAGCACCCAAAAUGGGCCAUUGGUGACUAUGAGUGGGUCCAGCCCAACUAAAGAACUGCAGUAAUAUAUUGCUGGUCUUGUAGCUCCAGCUGACGAUGACAUCUGGCUGUAAAUUUUGAAGUAGACUUGAUGUAUAAUAAAAAAGCCUUUAUUAUUCAAAGUUGGAACUUGAGAAAGUGCUAAACAGGACUGGCGUCAAAUGGACUCUGGUGUUUGUAAUAUGAGCAACUUCAGUAACUUUGCAAGGCAGUAAAUUGUGAUUUGUUCUUAAUUUUAAAAUGUUAAACGAACACAACUUGUUCCACCUCUAUGUAACUUUCUUCUUAGUGGUAUUUAUUUUAGUCUGGAGUGUAACUGCUUGUUUCAGAAGUUGCAAGGUCAAUUUUUUGGGAAAAUACGUCAAGCUCCCAAAUUAACCAAUUCAACCAUAAUGUCUCACAAACUGGACGCUUUAUCAUUUAUCAUUUGUGUUGGUCUGUCUUUGUACGUAUGUAUGUUUGUGUGCCCACACAUUCAAGUCUGCAUGGUACUUGUUACCAUCUGCUACUGUUGAUGCACCUUCCCACUCCCACCUGUGGAAAUUCAGAGCGGUAAUGCCAACAACCCUGGUCAUUUUAAUUUGAGAAUCUGGCCCGUCCCACAGGCAUUUUAAAGUAAAAGUAACUACUUUGGCUCGGUGCAGAAAAAUCUAAACUGUAAUGGCUUUCUGUUUCUCUGAGAGUUUAUAUACUUUUCCCUCAACAAAAGAUACAAACAAAUCCUGAAACAUCAGACAUUAGUGCUGUGCUGUAGUUUACAGAGAAAAUGGAGAGGGAGAAGGGGAAAUCUCCCAACAUUAAGACUUUACUUUAUUUUGGAUGGUUUACUUGAAGACGAUGCAUUUACAUGCAUGGUUUAGUUCAAUAACAACAGCCUCUCAUAUUUUCAUAUAUUUAAUUUAGUUCCAUAAUAAUGAUGCUGAGCAUGCAAUUCUGUUUUUAUUAGAGUAAAGAUAUCCCAUGUUGGGUCCUUAAGGAUCUCAAUCCAUUUGCUCUUCUGGUUGUAUGUCUGUCUCUACAGAAUGCAUCUGUGUGUGCGUGUUUGACACAAGUGGAAUCACAGUGAGAGGAGCUGAAACGAAGGUUUAGAGACCAAGCCAGUAAAUCUUUCAAAUGGGGAACUCAGCACUCGAUCGGAGACACCUUUGAUGCUGUAAGAAAAAUAAACCAGACUCAGAGCAGGGAGAGCCUGCAAAAAAAUGAACAUGGGCUUGGCUCUUUGGCUUCUUGGCGUUGGCCACAUGAAAGAGCCAACCAGUGCUGAGACCUACUUCUGAAUGUGUGUGUUUGAGUAAAGACAGAGAGAGUUUGUAUGAGCGUGUGUUGCUCUCAGUAACUGUUGAGCGUUGAAAGUGUCUGGUAUAGCCACGUCUCAAAAUGAAUGGGUGUGUGGGUGAGUGUGAAGCUGGCAGAAUGAUUCAAAUUAAAUCAGGAUCUGGUGUGUUCUCAGACAUCUGCCAAAUAUGUCAUUUAGGACACGACAAGUAAACAGUAAUUUAUGUGAGCAUUCAAACAACAUUGUAUGAGUCGUAGCCACUGACAUACUGUCUGUGGGUCUCAUGGGGGCUGUUGAAUGCCAACACAAUCAUUGUUAUAUUUUUGUUAUUUCAAUCUGGAGAUACUUUGUUGCAGACAUGCAAAGAUUCAUUGUACAUAAUCAUAUGAAAUGUACAGAGUCUUUGGGGGUUGGAAUCCAUCGUUAAAAAUAUUUUAAAGGGGUAGAGAAGCCAAACAUAUCCCCCCUCCAUUUCCCAUUUAACAGGCUCUGUCUCUGCUCUCAUAAUUAUGCAUUAAAUCCAUCGACCUAGAGAACAUGAAAAUAAUAAAGCUUUGGUCUGUGGCUUGUGGAUAUUGUGUGUAUAUGAGUGUGUGAUGUGUUUAAUGUGUCAGAUUCAAACACCUGAGCAAAGAGAAGUAGGCUGAACUUCUACAAAACAUUUUGAUGGUGUACCAUUUUAAACUUUUAGUGUUUCCUUUAAAGACGCUGGUGCAGAGCUGCUCCUUGUUCAUUACAACGGCCUCUUGUGUUUCACUCUGUUUCUCUGUAUUUACAUUUCAGUGUCAAUAUUCGUCUCUUGUGAUUUUCCAGAACGACUUCUUUGCGGAAUGAAACUUUAUUUGACCGGUUUCCUCUUAUGUGCGUAGAUUUUUUUUUUUUUUUUGUAAAUAUGUAUAAAUGUCUGCUUUCAAAUGAG